UAUUACCUGUAAAUAAUUGAAAAGUUGAAAGUGUUUUUCAACUAGUCGUCUUAGACCAGUUUUGGUUGCCAAUAAAACUUUUCUGUUUACUCGUUGAAAUGUUGGAAUCUUCCUCAGUGCGAUGCCCCAACUCGCCAGCCUCAAGCUUGGGGAUGCCGUUGUCGUUACCCUCGGAUACCCUGAACAGCUCCCCUCUCUCCCCUUGCCUGGUGCCCCAGUACGCGUACCUCCACCAGCUGAGUCAGCACCAAGUCCUCGCCGCCUCAGACUUCAAGUCCUACUUCGUCGACCCUCUGAAACAAUCCUUUCCAGACCACAUCAAGCAGGAGCACUACAAAGCCUGCUUACCAGACCACUUUAAGACCACUCUGCCAGAUCAUCUGAAGACAACCCUUCCAGAUUACCUCAAGACAACCCUUCCAGACCACCUUAAGACCACACUACCAGACCACCUCAAAACUAUGAUGACUACCGAUCAUUUGCGUACUGUGAUGAUGAGCGAUCCUCUUCGUUUGUAUUUAGCGCAGCAGGAAUACGCAUCCGCUGCGGCGUUCGCGGCUGCGGCAUCAGGCGCGUCAUUGAAUUUUUUAUCCCGCGAGGCUAAAGACGCCGUCGGGUUCACCGGCACCGCGGACACCACCCUGCGGUGUGGGGAUGUGAACUCAUCCCUGGCAGGGGUGACGAGCAGCAUGUGUACUUCCCUGAGCAGUUUCUCGUCCCCCCAAGGAGGGUGUACGACUCGACUCCUCGAGUCGGGGGGCACCGUGCCCCGCACGACACUCUUCAGCAUCGAGAGCCUCUUGGCACCCAAACCACCCUCCGUCAGGCUGCCGGCGCCCCUUGCGAGACCCACGCCCCUCGAGUUUCUUGGACCUCCGCAGUACCCUCACCUGUACCCGGGGGCGUUCUUCCCCAGCAGUGGGGGCGGCAUGAGCCCCAUGUUUGGGGGUGGGGGAGGAGGGAAGCGCAAGAGGCGGCACCGCACCAUCUUCACGGAGGAGCAGCUGGAGGACCUGGAGAAGACCUUCUCCAAGACGCACUAUCCUGACGUGCUGCUAAGGGAACAGCUCGCCCACAAGAUCGACCUCAAGGAGGAGCGGGUCGAGGUUUGGUUCAAGAACCGGCGGGCGAAAUGGCGCAAAGUUAAGCGCGAGGAGCAGCAGCGCGUGCGACGCCUGCAAGAUGAACAGAAAGCAACCACCUCAUCCCCCCACACAGCCCCGUGUCCCCUACCUGUCCCCACGCCCCCAGAGGGCAGUGCAGGGACGAUAGGACGACCAAGCACGUCCCCACCUAAGCGUCCUUCGUCCCCCUACUGCAGCAGCAGCGACGAGGGCCUCCUCAGCCCCAGCGCUGGUACCACGUCCCCAGCAGCAGGUCGCUGUGGUAGGUCACCAUCAUCCGUCCCUUACCACAGUCAGCGUGAUGAUGGCUGUCCCAGUCAGCAUGGCCAGCAUCACCACAGUCAGCGUGAUGACGGUAGUCCCGGUCAGCAUCACCACUACCUUUUCCACGACCAGCAUCAGCAUCAGUCCCUACAUCAGUUCCCUAGUCCCCACUCUCUCGGCGGCUCAAGUGGCAACAACAACGGCAAUAACGCGACCAAACGUCACUCUAAUUCAACUGUCAAAACAAUUAUCAACAAUAAUCAAUAUUUAAAAAACGAACGACCAAUUUCCAGUGCCCAAAUAUCCCCAGGAGGCGAUAAACCGCGACUGGGAGCCGCCCAAGCGGUAUCCGUGAAGAAACUUCUGACGGAUUCCGAAGACGAAAACGAUGACGAAAAAAUGUCGCAGCGACAUGAGGGACCUCGGGCCAAAAAAUGUAAACUAAAUCGUCCUGACGAGGAAUAUAAUCACAACGCAACCGACCAUCUCGAUUCUGUUUGAUUUUCUUGAAGUCUGUCUUUUUCUUGAGAAUCUCUUCGACGAAAAUCCGUGCAUGUUUUUACUGAACAAUUCUUCCGCGGCUGCUGUAAAUGUUUGAUUAGGUUUUGCAUACAGGGGUUAGACACAAUAAGGGAAACAUCUGAGGAAUCCACAAAAUUUAUUUUAGCGUAGGUCCACCGUCAGCGGUUCGUGGAGUAGUGGUGACGUCAUCGGUUCGUACAGUCGUGGUGACGUCAGCAGUUCGUACAGUCGUGGUGACGUCAGCGGUUCGUUGAGUCGUGGUGAUGUCAGCGGUUCGUAGAGUCGUGGUGACGUCAGCGGUUCGUAGAGUUGUGCCACGACGUCGUACGUUGUUGCUAGUCAUGUAUUAUAUACCGUCACUGGUAAAUCUAUUAACAUUUAACAUUUUAAACUAUUAACAUGGAAGGCAAAGUGUGACCCGCGAAAACAGACGCGAUAUUUUAAUACAUAAAUGUUUUUAAUAGUUUAUCUUAAGCUUAAGCAAGGUUGUUGAGCGAUUGGUUACUUAUAACUUUAAAGAUUUCCUACAAAGUACAACGGCGAGCAUCAAGUUUCCCAAUAAGUUCGCCAUUUUUCGUUAUUGAAUCAAC